AUGUCAGGUUUGUCCGCUGCACCCCGUCUAUCGACCACGGACACAAUAUAUCUGCUUCAUCACGUCUUCCUGCCCCCCAAACUGCCACAGGAAGAUGAUUAUAACGCUUCACAUGAAAGUGCUCUGCUCGAUGGCGUUAUUGAUGCCCUCGCUCUGUUUCAGGAAUAUAGUCAUGGGCAGGAAAGUGAAGUUGUUGACAGUGUCAAAGUGAUGCUCACUCGUUUGAGAGCGACGCGCGAUUGUCAUGGGGACGUGAAUCACGUCGAGCUUCAAAAGGCUCUAGAAGAAUUGGAGAAUUCAGGAGGUGCUCUACCUGUGCAUGUUCGUUGCCAGAAUGCUGCGGUCUUAAUGACCAGGCACAGCGAUUCAAUACAUGUCGAGACGUUUGAACUAUCACCUCGGAACGAAGCCGUCAACACUACGGUGGGUCGACUCCAACGCCAAUUUCCUGGGCCAACCUUUGCUUUGGAUCGAGCCGUCUUCAAUGAACCAAAUAUGCAAACUACCAUUGCGCACGCCCUGGAGAGCAUGAGUCGUCAGCCUGCCCCGGGAACCAAGCCAAAAGUGAAGAAGGCGCGGCAGGAGCACGACGAGAAUCGGGAUACAACCGAUCCGAUGCUGGUUACAGAGUUGUUCACAUCAUUCCUUCGCCCACAAUGCAAAAUUGUGAACAGCUUGCAGGUCUGUAAGAACACAAGGGAAGAGGUCCUGUGGCUCAACAGUCUGCAACCUUGGAGACGGUCCGCCCUCUGGCUCCAGAUUCGAGUUACGAUGCAAUUGGUCAUUCGGAGGCUCUUCCAGCGCAAAGAAAUCUCAGCCGACCUUUAUAAAGAAUUCAUGAUCUUUUACAUGAGUUCCAUUCUCCGCCGCUGUCCCAGGAGCAUAAGCAGUGAGCAUCGGUAUAUUAUGACUUCCAAAAUCGUGCGCCGGUUACGAAAGCUUGAUCUGGCGGAUGAUCAUGCUUGGCUUCCGUUUGUCCAGUGUUCCCUUCAACAAGCGAAUGACGUCCUAGAAGAAAGAUGGAGCAGCAUCCUCGCCCGUAACGCCUGCCGACCUGACAUGUCUUCCAUGGCUCGACUCAACUUUCAAGAUGACACUAAUUGCUCACUGCCCGGUCUUGAUGAGUGGCUUCAGAGCAUCAGAACCCGCCAAGACUCCUCAGUGCCGCCAGAUGCCUACUCACAGUCUGGAUUCUUGGAUUUUGAGCCUGCAGAGCUCCCAUCGCUCUUCCGACUGACUGACCCCGACUAUCACGUCUACAAUCUCGCUGCCUUCGAAGCUUGGGUUGACUUGAAUCUUCAAUCCUGGACUGAGACACAUAUUAGCCAUGAAGACACCUGCGAACGACUAAGCAGAUUAGUCAAUGCCUAUUAUAGUAUUGCAUCCAAAUUGUACGCUGCUAAUCCUGAGGCAUUGUCAGCCAUGCUUCUCACCAUUCUGGAGCUCUGGAUAGCUUGCGACAAAUCCGCCGUCCAUAUUCAUCCGCUGCUUCGCCAGUACAAGACUUGUAUUCCUAUACAUCUCUUCCAGUCUCUCCUGUUACCUCGUCAAUCCCAGCUUACCAGGUUGGCACACGCGGAAAGGUACAUGCGUCAACGCCACCAGGGCGUCCAGUACAGAGGUUCCAAAAUUCUAACCGACUUUGGAACCCCUUCCUCCUUUUCCGUGCGCUACUUCAAGCAGUCCGCUGAACACCAACGUUUGCUUGCCACUAUUGAACAAAGAGCUGAAUCCGAGAAGGCGGACAAAGUUGUGGAGCUGCACCGAAAACAUGAGCAGUAUAGGGAGUUAUGUGCUCGCCGUGAUGAGAUUGAAUGCACUUACUACGAUGAGAGACUCGACAACCGGUUCCACUUUACAGAGCGUCGUCAUAGCCCCUCGUGCCAGAGAUGUAGGUUGGACCGUGCUGCGAAAGAGAUCACAAUUCAUGUUCAUGAAUGGCCUUUGUCUUCCAAUCCCUUGGAAGCAGAAUCCACGGUCUUCGAGUUGAAACUGCCCCGACCAUUUGCAUUCUGGCGUGAUCUCACUGCCUUCAUUGUGCUUGAAAUUUUGGGAAUCACAUAUGCUUCGAAAGAAACGCCUAGAGCGGAGUACCGACCAGGCAGCUACAGUGGCCUCUCCAUGUUCUUCACCGCGGUCGUUGAUUCCCCAAGGAUUGGCCUUCUUUCCCAAGUUAAACCACACCAAGGAACUCACAGGCGAAAGAACCACAUUAUCAAUGUAUCAGAGAGCGACGUUUGUCUUGCGAACGGUUUGUAUUUCAAAUACUUCGACAAUGCCCACCGCUGCUUCACCGACGAUCUGGUCCAAAUACAUGCGAUGGCAACGGCAUGCACGUACAAGUUACCGCCAUCCAGCUCAUCUCUACAGCCGUUUCUCUUCCGCCCAGCGGAGACACCUGACGGCCCGUCACCCAAUACGGUCAUUGCAUCGCAGCAUACCUGCCCCAAUGACAUGUCACUGGGAGAGUAUAAGGCGCUCUGCUCGAUGCCAUUGGGCUUCCAUAUCCAGUGGCAGAACAUCCUUCGGCAGCUCGCCGCACCCACGGUGGUGUUCAAUAAGGUCGAAACGUGCCUUUUUACCCUGCAGAUCAUGCACCAGGCAGGGCCGCCAUCGCUCAUGGAUCCAAUCCUGCGCGAAGGCCAUCAUGUUCUGAACGAAGAUUUGUUCGCAGCGCCUUUACUGCGAGAGAUCCAGAAGACAGCGGCGGCAAUCGAACAAAACUGGCAAUCCGCAGAGGGGCUAAGCGUAUUGAUCGCUCUCACCCAGAAGGUGUUGGCCUGCUCCCCAUCGGUCCACAUUCAGAACAAAUGCAUAGAGCAGCUGGAUGGCCUCCGGAAGAUAUCUUUCGGUUGGGUGAUGACUGUUGGGGAGGAGGCCGGUGCUACGGACAGUAAUGAUCACAGGAACGAUCUGAUUGCCUCCGCCGCUUAUCUCGCGUUGAUGUGCGUGGGCACGUUUGAUUGCGAGAACAGCCACUUGGAGCGAAUACUCCGGAACGAUCUGGAUGCGUCCGUUUUCAUCCAAUGCAGUAUGGUCAUUCAUGACCGAAAAGGCCUUCUAAAGAGGGUAUCCAGCUGUUUACUGCCAAUUCUCUACUAUCGAUGGCAGAACAUAGCCUUUCGGGGACACCGCAUUCUCGUGAACAACACUAUCCAUGGCCGCAGGACCGCUCUCGACCGAGCGAUCCAUCGGACUUGGGCCGCGUACCGACCAGGAUCACCGUGGACAGCAGCCUCGAGUGGCACUCAAUGUUGCCUGCACGCCCAGGUUAUGGGUGAAUCAGGUGGUGCCAGCGGCGUCGGGGUGUACGUUAACCUUCUCACUGGUCAGCUGCUCAUCAAUGGUCGUCCCCUGGCGCGGUUGCCCUCAGAGUUCGAGCGCCAUAAAACAUAUCAAUCCCUGUUUGGGCAUUCCUUAGUGGAAGUGAUGCCCAGCGACCUUUCUGGCUUGGAAUACUCCGCCCAGAGACUGCAUAUGGGCCAGACGAUCUACCUGGGAAAACAGACGAUCCCCGAGCAGAGUGGGUUCGAUCUACGCAUUCGAGCCGUGGAUGGGCGUAGAGUAUGGGAAUUCGUACCCCCGAGGCUUCUCGCAGCUGCUUUACCAGAUGCCUUCGUUGAGGGAUACGCCCAUUGGUACGAGACCAAUUGCGAGUAUAUCGAGUUUCGACCUAUUAACGAGCCAUGGAAGCCAUCACCUGCCUCUCACUGGCGAUUGCAGCGCACCCAGCCGGGAAAUAACUGGCAGCUCACUCAGGGAAAUAUGUCGUUAAUUAGUAUGGGAAGCGAGACAGCGAGAACGUUGUGUGAUGUCUUCCAACCCAUCGAAAAGGCCUCCAAGCUUCACUACAAACUGCACCACGAAUCUGGCAUGCUGGAGAUCGAGAUUCCCCGCCUGCGGCUGAGCUUUAAUCUGCGAUCUGGUCAACCGUAUUGA